AGGGAGCAGGACCACAUCGCUGCCUCCGGCUCCGAGCUGCCAGUUGCUGGUUGCCAAGCAGUUAUCAUUGUUUCUGUGACGAUUGCAGAGGCUGUUGCUAAUUGAAGAAGCCCCCACAGCAUCCUUCUCUCUGCUCCUGCUUCUGCUUUUAUUUUAGAGGCUCAAGGGGGAAGACAGCCAGACUAGUGCUUUUUUACAUUGCAUUUUUAUUUAAUUCUUUUUGUGGGGGUGGGAAAUUUCUCAGCUGGUGAUUAAGUGAUGGACUAGUUACUCAUCCGUAUCCCUUUAGUCUUUGUGUGUGUGUGUGUGUGUGUGUGUGUGCGUGUAUGUCUGAACACACAGACGAGCUUACACACACACACACACACACAGAGUAAAAUCCUGUUUGCCACUGCAGUGGGCACAAAUAGGUGAGCAUGACUACAGCCAAGGAGCAAAAUGCAUCAGGGAAACAAGUCCAACAGCAAGACCAGGAGCUGGUGGGCAGUAAUCCUCCUCAAAGAAACUGGAAAGGAAUUGCAAUUGCCUUACUUGUUAUUCUCGUUAUCUGCUCGCUGAUUGUCACCUCUGUCAUACUCCUGACACCAGUCGAAGAUAACAGCUUGUCUCAGAAGAAGAAGAUAACAGUGGAAGAUCUCUUCAGUGAUGAUUUUAAGAUUCAUGACCCAGAGGCUAAAUGGAUAACUGAUAAUGAAUUCAUUUAUAGAAACCAGAAUGGCACAGUGAUUCUGAGGAAUGUCGAAACCAACAGUUCAACAAUAUUAAUAGAAAACAAAAAAAUUGUCUCCUUAAAGGCUAUCCGGUAUGAGGUGUCACCUGACAGGGAAUAUGCACUAUUUGCCUUCGAUGUUGAACCUGUGUAUCAGCAUUCAUAUACAGCAUAUUAUGUCCUCAGCAAAAUACCUCAUGGGGAUCCCCAGAAUUUGUAUCCCCCUGAGGUCAGCAAUGCAAAGCUUCAGUAUGCUGGUUGGGGUCCAAAAGGGCAACAGCUGAUAUUUAUCUUUGAGAAUAACAUCUAUUACUGUGCCCAUGUGGGGAAACAAGCCAUCCGAGUGGUCUCCACAGGAAAGGAAGGUGUUAUUUUCAAUGGCCUCAGCGACUGGCUGUAUGAAGAGGAGAUUCUGAAGACUCACAUUGCUCAUUGGUGGUCUCCUGAUGGCACCAGGUUGGCAUAUGCAACAAUUAAUGCCUCCAGAGUCCCCACCAUGGAGAUCCCGAUAUAUACAGGCAUCCUUUACCCUACUGUUAAAACUUACCAUUAUCCAAAGGCUGGAAUGGAAAAUCCAACUAUUUCUUUGCACGUGAUUGGUCUGAAUGGACCCACUCAUGACCUGGAAAUGACUCCCCCAGAUGAUCAGAGAAUGAGGGACUACUACAUCACCAUGGUGAAAUGGGCCACCAGCACCAAGGUGGCAGUGAACUGGCUGAACAGGGCCCAGAACGUGUCCAUCCUGACGCUCUGCGACGCCACCACGGGGGUCUGCACCAAGAAACAUGAAGAUGAGAGCGAUGCCUGGCUGCACAGACAGAAUGAAGAGCCCAUUUUUUCCAGGGAUGGUCGGAAGUUUUUCUUCGUGCGGGCCAUUCCCCAGGGAGGACGUGGGCAUUUCUACCACAUCGCCAUGUCAUCGUCACAGCCCAACAGCAGCAAUGACGACUUACAGGCUAUUACAUCUGGAGAUUGGGAUGUGACAAAGAUCCUGGCAUAUGAUGAAAAGAGGCAGAAAAUUUAUUUCCACAGCACAGAAGAUUCGCCACGAAGAAGACAUUUAUACAGUGCAAGCACAAAUGGGAACUUCAACAGGAGGUGCCUGUCCUGUGAUCUGAUUGAAAACUGCACUUAUUUCAGUGCAUCCUUCAGCCACAAUCUGGAAUACUUCCUGCUGACAUGUGAAGGUCCCCGUGUCCCGAUGGUGACUGUUCACAACACAACAGAUGCACAGAAAAUUUUUGAGCUGGAGGUAAAUGAAAAUGUGCAGCUGGCUGUAAAUGACAGGCAAAUGCCUAAGGUAGAAUACAUGGAAAUCAAGAUAGAUGAUUACAGAUUGCCAAUGCAGAUCUUAAAGCCAGCAACCUUUGCAGACACCGCUCACUACCCCUUGCUUUUGGUUGUAGAUGGGACACCUGGCAGCCAGAGCGUCACGGAGAGGUUCGAGGUGUCGUGGGAGAGCGCCAUGGUCAGCUCCCACGGCGCCAUCGUGCUCAAGUUCGACGGGCGCGGCAGCGGCUUCCAGGGAGCCAAGUUACUGCACGAGGUCAAGAGGAGGCUGGGCCUUCUGGAAGAGAAGGAUCAGCUGGAAGCUGUCCGGACAAUGCUGCAGGAGCAUUUCAUUGAUAAAACGAGAGUUGGUGUGUUUGGGAAGGAUUAUGGUGGUUACCUGAGCACUUACAUGCUUCCAGCUGGUGAAGACAACCAGGUGUUCGCUUGUGGAGCUGCUCUUUCCCCAGUGACAGACUUCAGACUAUAUGCUUCAGCCUUUUCUGAAAGAUACUUGGGCUUGCACGGGGUUGAUAACAGAGCAUACGAGAUCAGCAAAUUAUCACACAGAGUCUCACUACUAAAGGACCAGACAUUUUUGAUCAUUCAUGCUACUGCUGAUGAAAAAAUCCAUUUUCAGCAUACUACAGACCUUAUCACACACCUAAUUAGGGCAAAGGCUAAUUACAGCUUGCAGAUUUACCCUGAUCAAAGCCAUUACUUCAGCAAUGCAGCCUUUGAGCAGCACUUGUACCAGUCCAUUGUCAACUUCUUUGUGGAGUGUUUCCAGGUUCCAGACAAACUCCCACUAGCCCCACUGAAAGAAGAGGAGGAAGAUGAUUAACCCUACUUGUCCGUGCUAAGCACAAGGCAGAUAUCUCUGACAAUAUGCAACUGGAUCCUUUUCCUGAAAAAAGAGGUGUUGUUAGCAUGUAUUAAAAAAAAAAAAAAAAAAAAAAAAAACAAACUGAAAGCAGCUCCUCUGCUUUACUUGACAGCAACUCCUUCCUAAAUGGAAGAACAUUAAGCAUGGUGAACUCAGCAGAAACUGCUGUCUGAAAUAAAUCCAUCACAACCAA